UGAAAUAACCCAUUGGUGGAUUCUUCAUCAUCAUGCUGAGAAAAGGCGUUCAGGUAAGCCAACGCUCCUUUUAUAUCACAGUGAUUGUUUUGCUAAUAGUUCAUUUAAGCUGGCUAUUUUGUAAAAUUUAUAAAAGUGUCCUAUUCUGAUUUCAACAUAUAUGUUCUUGUAAUAAUCAUUCUUAUUGUUUGGAAGCUCUGUUCAAGAUGCCAUUCUUAAUUCAAAUGUUUAAAAUACUUCUGAGAAAAAAAUAAUGAAAUAUAAAGCUAUCUGUAAAAAAUACCUUAUGAAGAAGAAAUUGGCAGUAGUAGAUUUUGUAAUGUCAGAGGUUGAUUUGAUGUAUUUAGCAAUGAUUAAUUUAAAAUACGAAAACUGUUCAGGCAAGAAUGCAUGCACAUAUUGUAAUGAUUUUUCUUAAAGUAAUUGGAUUAUAUUUAAUGAGAUAUUUACAUUUAAUUAUUAAGAAAAGACUUAUCUUCCCAGUAUUUCCCAACAAAUGGUAAGGUGAAGAAAUUGGAUAUUGGAAUAUAAUUAAUUGUAUAAAGUCUAAAAUAUAAGGUGAAUUAAAAAGAGCUUGCAGGUAUUAUAGAAAGGCUGCUUUAUUUCAGUAAUUUAGAACUGCCAUUGAAAGUGUAGUGCAUAAUUUAAAAACUGAAUUAAGGAAAGGGGAGCUACUUAAAUGGCACAGUUUUAGAUAUUUGUCCUGAAGAAUGCCAGCAGAUAAACCAUUCCUAGGUAGUUGCAUUGUGACUGGAGAGGGAAGAUCUCUAAAGAGAAAUAUGUGCAAAUCUUUGUGUAGGGAAGUAACUGAUGCUUGUAUUUCCCAGAUAGAGAAAACAAUAUGGCAGCCAUACACAAAUGAGACAGGCAACCAUCUUUAGAUAUAUUUGCAUACUGGCAUCAAUUCAGCUUUCAAAUGUAUAGCAUUAAUUGUGAAAUGUUGUUGAGCAGGGCAAAAGAAUGCAUAGUAACUAGUUUUCAAUUUAUAGUUUUCAGUCUUGUCAUUUGAAGAUGUAUGUUAAGUGAAUCUGGCUUCCCCAUUGACUUUGUCAGAAGGUUGCAAAAGGUGAUCACAUGACCUCGAGACAUUCAAUUGCCAAACAUCUCAAUUUUGAUUACAUAACCAUGGGGAUGCUGUUAUGGUUGUGUGAAAAACUGUCAUAAGUCACUUUUUCAGUGAUAUAACUUUGAACAGACACUAAAUGAAUUAUUGUAAGUCGAGGACUACCUGUACUGUAAGGUAUAGCUUAGCUAUUGGUUGUUAAAACUAGGUUUGGGUGUAAAAGAUGCUAAGAUGUGGAAUAGGUAGCAACAACUCUCUUGUUCUGAAAUCUGUUUCCAGUUUUCCCUUUUGCCUAAGAUCACUUGAGUGGAUAAUAGCAUGUUUUUAUGUGUAAUGAUAAACCAUUAUUUAAUAUGGCUAUAAAUAGGUAUCUGCACAUGUGUCAGGUUAAAGCAUUCCUACUUCUUUUCCAUCUGUGUAGCUAGGAAAAAAUAAUCAGAAUUUCAGUUCAGUUUAACAGAUUAGUUUGUGUGAUAUGUUAACGCUAACAAAAGAGAAUUGCUAUGUUUACAUAACAUGCUAUGCCUGGAUAAAUAAUUGAUAUUAUAACUUUAUGUAAAGGCCUACUUCACACAACAUGACAAGGAGUUACUGUGUUUCCACAACAUACUGAACCACAAGUUAUUCAAAUUUAUUGUAGCUUAGUUUAACCAAGCAAACUUAGUCCUCGUGUGCUAAGGAUUAUUUUAAAAUCUAGACAAUUGCAAAAGAAGCUAUUAAAACAAUCUGAAAGCUUGAGCUUGUAUUGUUGCUUUGCAGAAUAUACAUUAAUUAAUAAAUUUCUAUUGUAAGUUUGAAUAUGUUGGAUGAUUAUGGGAAAUAACUUCAAAGGGUUAAACCUGCAGUAACACCUGUGUAAAUUUCAUGCAUGUAUACAAAACUUUGGGCAUUAAGGAAUAAUUAGUCUGUCCUUGGUUCUAUAAAAAGAAGUGUAUUCUAUAAGAAAGAUGUAACUAAGAUUAUAUGAAUCAAUUCUUAUGAGCAGGAAAUAAGGAUUUAAGGCUGAGUUGUUGAGAAAAGCUCUAAUUAAAUUCUUUUUGGACAGUUCACAAUUUAUUUUGUUUUUAUAUCUGCCUAUCUUAUGGACAAUUUAAUUGUUGUAUAGUUAGCAUUUCUACUGUUUUGUAACUCUGAGCUCUUUAAGAAAUAUGUAAAGAAAGAAAUCAUAAUUUGGUCAGGGGUGGGAAGGAAAGAAUGAGUUAAAACCAUAGUUUCUCUUUUCCAAUUAUUGUUUGUCUGCUAGCUAUAGCUGCGUGUAAAUGACAUAAAUCUGCAUUUGACAUAAUGGCAAAGUGCUUAUUAUAGGUGGAUGUGAUAUGUGAUAUAAUAAUGGUGUCUUGAAUAAUUACUUAUGCAGUGCUUGUUGGUAGGUUGUUAGGUAGGUUACAGCAUCCUUUUUUGGCAUGAUACAGAAUUUUCUUCUGGAUCUUCCUUUUAAAGUUUUCUAAUAUUUAUCAUUUCCUCCCUUUUCCUGGCUUUUCAGAAUUACUUGAAAUUGUUCUUUCUGGCAAUUUUGCAGAGAAAUUACUAACUGCUGAGAGAACUCACUGUCUUAAGACACUGGAAAUAACAAGUGGUCUUUGCUUGGUUAAAGGAAAUAUAAGAUUUCUGAUUUGGUGGCCUUGAUAGAAAUUUAAAAUUUUGACCCUUUAGUUCUUUUUUCCCAUUUUUUUUUUCUAGAUCUUCUGGUGUGUCUGAUCCACCACUGGAUAUUAUGAAAAACUGUCCCUAAGAAUCUGGAAAAUUGUGGUGCUUAGUUUUGUUAUGUGGAUCUGCAGAUAUUUUAACAAGGUCCCUAUUCAGCAUCUAGUUGACCUUGGAGAUCUGAAAAGAUGCAUAAUUGCACUCAACAGCUGUGGGUACAUUUUUCAGCCUAAUUCUGGAUCCUGUUUUGAAUUCCAGGUAAAGGUUUCCCUUGUCCAGUUGAAUCUGACUCUAGGGGGUGGUGCUUAUCUCCGUUUCUUAGCUGAGGGAGCCAGCGUUGUCAUUUCCAUAGUCAUGUGGCCAGUGUAACUAUAUGCCAAAGUGCACAGAACACUGUUACCUUCCCACCAAAGUGGCACCUAUUUAUUUAUUCAUAUUUGCAUAUUUUCAAAAUGCUAGGUGGACAGGAGCUGAGGUAAAUAAUAGGAGCUCACCUGUCGUGUGGCUCAAGUCUUGAACCUGGGCUGUCAGCUUUCUGGCUGACAAACUUAGCAUCUUUAACUGCUGAGUCAUUGAGCCCCAAUUUGAAUCCCAGAUGAAGUUGGUUGAAUCCUAUGUAUCAACCCUUUAAAAUAGACCAGAUUAGGAAACAUAUCACAAGAAAUGCUAGAACUCAAUUUAUAGCUUAUAACAAUAGACUCUUGAAAAAUGUCACUGUUUUCCCUUCUACCAAACAGAGUCAAGGCAGGGCAGUCUUGUGUUUUUCUCAUUCUUCCUGUUUUCUACCCUAAGCCCAUGUUUUACCAGUGAUUGCCAUGUAUCCUCUUCAAAGCUAUCUCCUUGCUCCUCUGCAUCAAAUUUAUAAGUGUGUUUAAAUAGCCUCAGAUGCAAUUCUCCUUUAGCCUUUGCUCAACAUUUGAUAUGGGGAAAUGGAAUAUGGCCAUUUUAUUUGGUCUCAUCCUCUACUCGGGUGCUUUCCAUACUUGGGUAAGUAACCUCAAAUUGUGUAAACGUGCUUUCUCCAGCAUGGAAAAGAAUGGAGAAUCCAUGAAUGGAUUAAAGAAGUCCUCUAGCCCAGUUAGACCAAAUCAAUCAAGUUGCCACACCCCUGCUGGACUGGACCAUGCCCCAGUUUCGAUUUGGUCUCAGCCUAGGACUGACGUGGAAACUUGGCUCCCAAAGAGAAAUUUUCAGGUCGUAUUUCUUUCUGCUCCCAUUCGUGGAUUUUUCAUUCUCUUGCCAUCUGGUCAGCACUGGGAUCAGCUCUGCCCCAGUUCCGCAAGAGCUUCCAAAGAGUUAAAUUUGCUGAGGCAGUUUUUUCUCCCUGUAUUGGCCAGCUGAUCGUCGCUAUUGCCGCUCUGAAUGCAGCACGAAGAUAGGGCUUUUUCUCUUCAGAUCCCUGCUGUUUUUGGCAAACUCUCCGUUCCUUCAUAUAUUCCUUGCCUUUUCUUUCUUGCUGCUUGCUCGACAGGAGGCUGUCUCCCCUUGAUCUCAGCUUUCGCUUCAAUUUUUCUUGCGUCGGCCAGCACGGCCGCCAUUUUGGACCACCACACAGUUGGCGGCUGCCUUAGUUUCGUUAUUUCCCCCUUCUCUCAAAGUUGAUUUCUUCCUGCCUAUUCCUUAAUUUCCAGCUUGAUUUUCUUAAACUGCAUUGUGGGGGUGCCUGGUUAGUGUUUUUCUCAGCCUCUACAGUGUGAUUUAAUUGCGGAGACAAGCCUCCACAGGACGGUAUUUUGGCGGGAAAAAAUAGAUGGCUGAUCUUUCCAAUGUUGUAGGUUCUUUUCCAUCAAUACUGUUACACCCUGCAGUUUUCAUAAUAAUCUGCAAUUAAACAAACACCACUUACCUUUCCCAGCUUUUGAAAUAUAUCAUCUGUCAGCUGGGCCCAGCUGACUAUUCCAUCACAGCCUGUUGACGCUGUCUGGAUCUAGUGGUUCGGCAAAUUUUUUUGUUCUAGCCGCCACUAAGUGAGGCACAAAGGAUCCGUCACUAAACAAAAAAAUAAUAAUUAUUAAUAAUAAUUAUGCUAUACACACACACACACAAAUACACAUAUAGAAGAGAGAGAAGAGACCUCUUUUAGUGACGCGCGACAUUCGUCGCGAAGUGUGACUCCUUGCUUAACAGUGGGCUGGACUUCACAGAUCCUUGUGUAGGCCUGUAUCACCCAGGUGGGCUGUAGCUGCAUCUCUUGCAGACCAGGACAGCUUCAGCGAUCUGCUGGAAAACUCCUGCUCAUUAUGGCGGACAACACUGUUCCACAAGCUUCCACCUCCAGUGGAAAUAAGAAACACAAGUCACCCAACCAAGAAGCAGCCGUGAAAAUCAAGGCCAAAACCAAAAGAACAUCUAAGGCGGCCGAAAAGCAAGCUGGUCGUAGACAUAGGGCGUUAGAAAGACAAUUUUCAGAAGCCCAAAAUUGUGCGGCAGAGGGUCCGGUUCCCUUGACUCCUCCCUCUAUUGCAUCGACAAUGGGGGGGGCAUGCCCUCGUCCUUCGUGCGGGCAUGGUCUCCAGAACGGGAUCUAGAUCAAGGUCUCUCACUCGGGUUCAGCCAGGAUCACCUUUCUCUCUUUGAGCAGGAUCUGAGAGUGCGGAACCAAGAUCCAGUAUCAGGGGCCAAGCUCACCCCUCCCACAGUGGCGUGUGGAACCUCAGAGAGUUUCUCCCUUGCGGGUCCACCUCAGGCUCUGUCGGCUUCAUUCACUCCUACGGCGGCAGAACUUCAUCCCCUGGAGCAAUCACCAUUUACUGACGAACUCCAGGCCAUGAUCUUUCAGGCAGUUGCUCAAGCGAUGGCAUUUUCAGCGCAUGCUCUAGUGACCCCGGGACCAUCUAACCCCCUUCCAUCCGCAGGGACUUCACGAUCCAGGGAUUAUCAGUACCCGGAUCCAGCCUCUCCACCACGUUCCUGGGGAGCGAGGUGUCUGAAUAUUCGGAGCACGUCCUCGAAGAGGGUCAGUGGCCGGAUGAUGAAGAGCCACACACGGAGGCCCCUCCCUUGGUAGGCUUGUUCAGUCCUACAUCUUUCCCCUCUCUCUUAUGUAAGGCCUGCGCCACUGGAAAGAUUGAACCAGUGAAAUCCACAGUGUCCGGUCAGACACCUGGUCAGGGUACCAGUUCCCUGUUCUCGGAAUCAGUCGUAAAACACCAGCAGAUUCCUUGUCCUCCCAUGUUUUUGAAAUCGGUACAGGACCAAUGGGGUUCCCCCGGCAUCUUUUCCACCCUUGGGGGGAUUGACUGUAAACUCAUAGAUAUGGUUUCGACCCUGAAUGAGGCGUUGGAAGUUCCGGGAGUGGACAAGUCCCUUACUCCCAUCCUUUCAGAAUCCAAGAUUCCAAGCGACAUGUCAGAGGCGCUGAAGGCCAAGGACAAAAAAUCCGAGGUUUCCUUCCGUAGGACACACCAGCCUUUGCCGUGGGCGGUAAGAGCUUCCACAUCGAAUUCAUUCUUCGCCAGGAUCUCCCUUAUCUGGCUAUGUGAACUCCAGUCUAGAAUCUCCCCAGAAGAGGUAAGAGUACACCAGGACGUGACCAAGUUGCGGGCGGCCUUGGAAUAUAUGGCAGACAUGUCUCUCCAAGUGGCCAGAUUCUUGGCCCGUGCUAUAGCUUCCAAUGUCACCGCACAUAGGUUAUUUUGGCUUAGAAACUGGCGUGCCGACACCAAACACAGAUGGAGGGUGGCUGCUGCCCCGUAUCAGAGUGGUUGCCUUUUUGGAGAGGCCCUCACUCCGUACUUGGUGGAAAACAGGGAAAAGAAGAGGGUACUUUACCAUCUUUCCAAAAGAUCGGGCAGGCAUUUCGUCCCAUAUAACCGUCGCCCUUUUUGAUCAGGAUCGGAACUGACCUCAGGAAAUGUACCACAGCCCUUUCCAGCAGGACCAGACCAUUCCUUGGACCGUUCCGGUUACAGAAACAAGUCCAGACAACAGGUUCAGAACAAAAGGCCCUUUCGAGGUAGAGGAGGUCGCCCCUUCCGUAGGUCAAGGUGACUUGGGGUGGACCUCUCCCAUAGGCAGCAAACUGAAUUAUUACAUACACAAAUGGGAGGAUACCACUACGGACACUUGGAUGUUCACCACUAUCAGGGACGGUUUGUCCCUGGAAUUCGUGAUAACCCCCCCCCCCCCGAUGCUAUAUCAUCUGUCCCUUGUCGCGUAAUCCCGUAAAGAAGGGCCUCAUGCGGGAAGCCAUUCAACAUUUAUUAAGCAUAAAGGCCAUAGAGCGGGUACCAUCAGACCAACUGGGGCAGGGUUUUACUCCAUCCUAUUCGUAGUACCGAAGUCUUCAGGGGGAUGGAGGGCGAUACUCAAUCUCAAGGUUCUGGACUCAUACCUGUCGUAUCGCAAAUUCAAAAUGCAGACACUCCAAUCCAGCGUAUGGCAGGGAGACUUCCUGACAUCAAUAGACUUUACAGAGGCAUACCUUCACAUCCCCAUUCACCCGGAUCACAGACAAUUCCUCAGGUUCAGGUACUCCAACCAUCACUACCAAUACAAGGCUCUCCCGUUUGGCCUAUCAUCGGCUGCCAGGGUUUUCACCAAGGUCCUGGUGGUACUUGCUGCACAUCUCAGGUCGGUACCAAUUCGCGUUCAAUGCUACUUAGACGACAUCCUAAUUCAGUUGUCCUCUGCACUGAACGCACUGACGGAUCUGGAGCUAACGAUUGGGACACUUCAAGGUCAUAGUUUCUUAAUCAAUUUUCAAAAGAGCCACUUGAUUCCAGCCACCUGCCUAUUGCACUUGGGCGCGAUAAUAGACACAAACCUUUGCCAAGUAUUCUUAUCCCAGGAGCGUCAGGUCAGCAUCCAUAUUCUGGUCCUCAAGGUUUGCAGGGAGCAACAGGUGACCCUAGCCCUGCUCUCCUAACUGUUGGAAAAACUGAUUUCCUGCAUUGCCAUAGUACCCUGGGCCAGGCUUCACACAAGACAGCUCCAGUGGUUCUUACUCUCCUACUAAAGGCGGGGCAUAAGCUCCUUUCCCCAGAGGGUACAAGUCCCAACACAGACGCUCAGAUCCCUUCUCUAGUGGCUCUCCCCAGCUUUGUCCAAGGGGUCCCUUUUGAGAGAGCCCGUUCAUGUGACUUUGACCACGGACGCCAGUUUAUUCGGCUGGGGGGCACACCUCAACUUUAGUUCACCCAGGGCCGGUGGUCACAGCGGGACCUCAGACAAAACAUCAACUGGCUGGAACUCAGGGCUAUACACCUGGCACUUUGCCACUUCCGCAAAACGAUUGCGGGGUGCCACGCGUUGGUCCUAAUGGACAAUGUGGCAGCAAGGCCCAUGUCAACUGGCAGGGCAGCACUCGAUCUCGGGCCCUGAUGUCUGAGGCCUGGUUACUGGGAUCAUGGACGGAGUGGAAUCUCUUUUCGAGGUGAACCGGCAGGCGGAUUAUCUGAGUCACUCUAUGAUAGACCAUUCAGAGUGGCGUCUGCAUCCACGUCUCUUCAGGGAGAUCGCACAGCGGUUCAGUCAACUGAGUGUCGACUUAUUCGCCUCCCCAGCGAGUGCCCAGUUCCCACGGUUCUUCUCCCGUUUCCCCUCUCAGGUCGGAGGGAGUAGAUGCUCUCAGCAGCCCUUGGCCUUGGGGACUACUAUAUGCCUUCCGAUUGUUUCUCCUGAUUCCGGCUGUCAUCAGAAAACUGUUACAGGAACAAGCGGAGCUGAUAUUUGUGGCCCCACACUGUCCGAGGCGACCAUGGUUUGCAGCUCUCGUGAGCCUAGCCGUAGCUCCUCCGUGGAGGAUUCCUCCAAAUCGGAUAGUCCUGUUACAAGGGAUCAUACAACAUCCAGACCCGCAGUGGCUGGAGCUAGCCGCCUGGCAUCUGAACGCCAGUUCCUGACAUGGGGUUCAUACCCUUCAAGAGUGAUCUCAAUGAUUCAGGCCUCUUGGCCGGCGACAGAUCGGAUUUACGAUGCUACUUGGAGAAAUUUCUGUCACUGGUGUGACCAAAAUAGUUUGUCCAUUUCUUCUGUUACUAUUCCGAGGAUACUUGAAUAUCUCUUGGAGGGUGUGGAUAAGGGCCUAGCACCCAGCACUAUCCGUAGUCAAGUGGCGGCACUCUCCACAGUUUUCACCUGUGUCAAUUCCACGCCGUUGUCUCAGCACCCGAGGGUUCGAUUCUUUAUCAAGGGGGUUACAAACAGCAAGCCUCCUGUAGUCCAUCGUUACCCCACUUGGAAGUUACCACGGGUACUACAGGCUCUUACAGGAUCCCCUUUUGAACCCAUCAGGUCUUGCAAUUUGCGACACUGGUCCCAUAAGGUGGCCGUCUUAAUUGCAGUUACAUUGGUGAGGCGCGUUUCGGAACUAGCAGCUCUUUCCGUCAGGGAAGACCUAUGCACUUUUCACCAGGACAGAGUGGUCCUGCGGUUGGACCCCUCGUUCAUUCCUAAGGUUAACACCUUAUUUCAUAGGGCACAAGAGAUUGUGUUGCCAGACUUUUGUCCUAACCCAUCACAUGACUUGGAAUGGCAGUGGCAUUCUCUGGAUGUCCGCAGGGCACUGCGAUAUUACAUUAAGCGAACAGCUACUUUUCAUAGAUCGGAGGCACUUUUUGUCUCUUUCCAUCCGGCUUCUAGGGGUCAGAAGGUCUCUUCUUCUACCAUUGCCAGGUGGAUUAAGGCCUGUAUCGCAGAGUUCGUACCAGGUAUGCUCCUUGCCAGUUCCAAGCCAUCUGAUAGCACAUUCCACACGCAGUGCCUCUGCAUCAGCUGCGUGGCAUACUCAAGCUUCUAUCGUUGACAUUUGUAGAGUGGCGAUGUGGUCUUCGCCUUCCCCCUUUAUCCGUCAUUAUAAGCUCAAUAAAUUUGCCUCUGCAGAGGCCUUCUUCGGCUGCCGUGUCUUACAACAGGUGGUCCAGGCAGCGUCGACACUUGACCAGCCUGCUUCCCACCUGUAGGGUCCUAUGGGCUUUGGUAUGUCCCAUUCGUGGAUUCUCCAUUCUUUUCCAUGCUGGAGAAAAGGCGUUGUCUUACCUGAACGCCUUUUCUCAGCAUGAAGAAUGGAGAAUCCACCCCUCCCCUUUGAAAUUCACAGUCAGGUCAGUGCCAGUAGCCUGGGAGCCAACACGUUGCACAGUCAUUAGCUUCGCCCUUUUCGAAACUGAGGCAGGGUCCAGUCUAGCAGGGGCGUGGCAACUUGAUUGAUUUGGUCUAAUUGGUCUAGAGGACGUCUUUAACCCAUUCGUGGAUUCUCCAUUCUUCAUGCUGAGAAAAGGCGUUCAGGUAAGACAACGCCCCUUUUCUUUGGUUAAUGUCACAUGAAUCCAUUGCCCAUCACAACAGGAACAUUUAAAUUGACUUAAAGAUUGCCAUGUGCACUAAAAUAUAUUCAGAAUCUUCCAAAUAAGAUGAAAAUUGAUGAAAUUACUGAUAAUUCAUUGAAAUGACAUAAAAAUCCUUUAGUAAUAUUAUUUUUAUAUAUAGGUAGUCCUCGAGUUAUGAGCAUUCUUUUAGUGACUGUUGAAAGUUAAACGAUGCUGAAGGAAGUUUCUUACGACUUUUGAUAAGUGUUUUUGAAUAAUGAAAGAAAGUUUGAGAAGCACUGCUCUACUCAGUUUUACAAUUUUCUGAAACAGUAUUUUUCCCCUGCUUUGAUUUUCUGAAUUGUUGCAUGUCUUUGUUAUUAGACAAAAUUAUUAGACUUUCAUAUGAGUCCUGAUUUUUCAUUGAUUGUUUGAUCAAUUUAUGUCAUAAGCAAAGGCCAUCUUAUGUCUGGUGAGCCAACAAUCGCCAGUUCAGUCUGUUGAGUUAAAGGGCUAUCUAGGACCAGCUGUCUAAGUACAUCAUUAACAACCAGAGCUAAUUUGGGGUUACCCUACAAAAAAAGAUCAACAUUUCAAUGAAAUUUUCAUCACAGAGAUUCCGAGUGCGUGUCAUACCCCACCCAGAAAUUUCUGAUGACUUCUAUAAAGUCAUUAAUGCCUUUAGAGAUGAAGAAGAAUAGAUUCACCGUUUGGAAUGGUGGCUAAAACUUUGAACAUUCAAUAUUUCUGCAUACAUAUGGGCUAGCUUUGGAUCAUUUUCCUCAAUAAAUAAAUGAACAAAUAUAAUGUUUUUGACUCAUUUGUUUAAUUGGGUUCCCUUUAGUUUUUGGUCAUUUUUAUGCAGAAAUAUUGAAAAUUCACAAGUUUGCAAACUUUUAAGUACCACUUAAAAGAGGUUUUCCAGAUUUCCAACUUAAAUCCAACAUAUGUGAUAGGACUUGAACCAUCAAUUCAUCUAGAAAACCCUCACAUUACUUACAAAAUUAGUUUGCCUUGGAGAAAUGCACCAAUAUUUCUACAUAGCCGUGCAAGAAACUGGUAGCAGGAAGCAUUUGAUUGCAAUUUUUGCAUUUAAAGAUGGUUCACCCAGAUAAUGAAUCUAAGGAACUAGUUUAUUUUUCACACUGACACCUUACAUGUUGAAUAAUAUUAGGAAAUUAAUGAAACAAACACCCAACUUCGAUCUUAACCUCUGAUAACAUUCAGCAACAAAGAUAUGCAAACAUUCUGAAAGUCCGAAGGGGAACUAUAUUUUUUAAACCAGAGGUAUAAUUGCUGACAUGUUCAGGAAAACAUCUAAAUAGAGCUCAGAAUUCUUCCUUUUAACAUAUAGGGUGGAUUGCUGUCAAAAUCAUUAUAGCAGUGUUUUGGAUGUAUAUCCUAAAAGAUACUUGAUAUUGAAGUGUGGUAUGUCAUUAGAGAUGAAUUGUUGUGGCAGUGCUGAUUUGGAGGUUUUCCCCCACAUACUGUCUUUGGUUUUUGUUUUUGUUUUUUUAAAAAGGGGGGAGUUUUUCUACUGCAGUUACAAGACUGGGAAUCAACUUCUUCAGAAAUAUUUUAUUUGAAGCUUUUCUUGCCCUUAAUUUAGGUGAGGGUGGGGCUCUUGUUCGUUUCCUUCCUUUCAGUGUUCACUGUUAAUUUUCAAGCAGGCGACAAAGCAACAUACUAAAAGAAUUGUUUAUCUGAAUGAAUCCUUCUAUAAGCAUUUUUGUGAUCUGUGACAGUGAAAAAAAAUCCUGAUUUGUUCAGGGGAACAUGAGAGUCCUCUGAGGUACUUUUAUUUUAUUAGGUUUUGGGUGCCUCUCCUCUUUUUGAUGUUUGAACCUUUUACAAGCUACUGUUUGUUUGUAUAGUCUGAAAUGUUAGUAGUAUCUGCAUACAAAUGAUAGCACAUUUUUCUAGCCAAAUAUGCCCUGUACGCAAGUGGUGAAUCUCUUCUUCCCACAUUUCAGUUUAUAGAACCAAAAAUGUUUAAUAAGCCAUGUGUAAGAAGUCUUGGAUUUGUUUAACUUUAUAUAUUGUAUCAAUAUAUAUCUUGAAAUGUAGCCUGCUGCCACAUGGCAGAAAGGCUGUUACUGUAGGAUCUGAGAUGAAAAUGCAUGAUCGUAUAAUUUUAAGAGGAUGUCCAUUUCAUAGUUUGUAUCAAACUUCUCCCAAGCUGGUGUUUGGAUGUCACUUCUCAUAAUCCCAGCUGAAAAACUUUAUUUUCACCUUAUUUUUCAUAAAGUUGGGGUUUUCUUCUUUCAUUUAUGAAGGAUUGCAGUUUUCUUAGUGUUAUUUCUAUAUAACUGGUAGCUUUGUGAUACUCUUACUCCACUGGUAUGUGCUUACAGUUGCACUUCCAUUUCUGCUUUUGUAUUGCUGCUACCUCUUUUAUGUUAGUCUUUGUCUCAAUAGGCAUUUCAGUUGUUCUUUCCUGCUUUGUUAAACCAAACUUCCCAGGUUUUUUAUGCAUCCUUUUAAGUUAGUGGAUUUUAAGUACCUUGAUUCAAAAAAUUAUUCUGUAUAAUGCACCAUUUGGGCUAACUUAAGUGUAUAGACAGGCAAAUAGAUUGCCACAAUUAGACUUUUGUAGAUAAUUUUUUAUAUUUUUCAAACAGUGAUCUAGGUUUGCUUCGCAGACUCUAAGAAUGAACAAAGACUGCAUUUGUGCAUCUCUUCAGAAUGAUAUUCCAUUUUCAACAUACUAUAUAACAGUAGUUGACAUUUAGCAAACCAGAUGCGUGUCAUCUGAAGGAUGCUAAUCCUUCUCUGAAGCUAAUUACUGUAGGGAAAACCAUCCAUUUGAAAUUAACCUUUGAGUUAGGUUCAGAGCCAGACUUGCCAAGAACAUUGUAGUAGCUUGAAAUAUAUCUUACUUAACCUGUUUCCCAAUUAAAAGUUUAGUCAAAGCAACACUGCAGAAUUAACAUAAAGAUUGAGUGAGACACUACCUUGUAUACUUAUUACAAAAUCAGAACUAGUGGUUGUUCCUAAUAAUUGUGAUUAUGAGCACAAUGUGUAGACUGAUCUCUGAAAUACUCAAGCAUUGGAUGACUUGGUAAGAGGUAAAUUAAUUUAUUUUAAGAUUUCCUGGCUGCUCUUUGCUCCGACUGUUAAUUUUAGAGGUUUCCCCCCCCCCACUGUAACUUUAUGUUACACAUAAAACCUUGGAUGUUGUUCUGUACCCUCUAGAUCUUGGACUCCUCUGCAGUGGUAGGUCAAAUUUGGAAAUUCAGAUUUUGGCUUGGGAGGUAAUUAGCAAAAGCUAAAUCAGCUUCUGUCCCUUAACAUCCUGAUAGAAAAGCAUUCAGGAAUGACUCCUGCACCUCAGAGAUAAGCUGCCAGCUGCCACAGAGACUAUAAAAAGGUGGUUCAAAGUCAAGUAUAAACAGCCGACUUAAAAAAAGAAAACGAGUCUUGGAUUGUUGCUGUUGGUGACAGGAAGCCAUGUUCCCCAAGCUGUCAGCUUCCUGCUCCCCCCCCCCAUUCCAUCCCACAGCAGAUCAGAGCAUUUGUCACAAGACAGCUGUCUCCUUUAGCAGAGCUGUUUGCUGCCUAACCUCAGAGAGGAGUGGGUUCCCUUUUCCUCCUUGAAAAUUAGCUAAUUAAAUGCAGUAUAUUUUAGUUUUACUAGUUGGACAGUUCGUAAACACAUGGUUGUAUUCUCCAACAGAGUGCAAAUUCUUGAAUAGAAAUAUCAGUGUCUUUUGAAGAUGAAUGGCACAAGCAUACAGGCACUAAUACUUUAUGAUUGCCAAGAAUCGAAUAGUUAGCUUUAUAGAAGGUAGAAAGGUUGUGAACAUCAAAAGGGUAUCAUUCUUUUUGUAUUUUGACAUUUUUAUCCCUAGUGGCUGUAAGAUUUAAUUCGAUUUAGGCAUCUCCCACCUACAAACUGACUUGUUUAAUUAAUAUUAUUUAUUAAUAAAUGUUUUCUUUAAGUGUUAGAUUAACUGAAUUAAGAUGCCUUGAUAAAAAAAAGUUUUGGGAAAGGCAAACACGGCUGUCCUUCAGAAUCUUUCUGAGCUAGUAUAAUUUCAAAAGGUAGGGCACUUAUCUGAUUGUGAUAGGCCAUUGCCUACUGUGUUCUUCUGUACAGUAAAAUGUAUUAGUAGGAAAAUUCCCUUCCAUCAUGAGGGAAUUUAGGAGAAAUGGUACAGCCCUCUGGCUAAAAAGCAGUUGUUAGUAAGCUGCCUGGUCAGCUAUCAACACUUCCUGUUUUCUCAUGAGAAUCCAGUUUGUCUAGCAUGACAAAUUUUUAUCUUUCCUCCAGCUAAAAUGUUUGUGUUAAUGUUCACAUUGGUCUUUCAUAGUUUUAUAGUGCCCAGAGUUGCUAGUGGUGAGAUGGGCAGCUUCUAGAUUUAAUAAAUAAGAAUAGUUUUUGAAAAUAUUUAACAGUAUUAAAAGCAAUUUAUAGUUUUGAAUAAAUGGAUAAGGGACAGGUUACAGCAGUGACAUUUUUUGGUGGGAGUUGGAACUAUCAAGCUUUGGUUUCCUUCUGGCAACUUAAAAAAUAGGUUUAUUUUAAAAAUAUCUCAUAGAGGUUAUGAGAGAGUGGAAUACAUAACUGUGUUAUGAUAUGAUAGAAUGUAUGAAAAGGAAAAUCAGUGUAUUUCUAUUGUUGCUAAGGUCUGUGGCCAUAUAAUCUUUUUGCUGUUUGGGGAUUAUUCUU